AUGCGGUAUCACUGUGAAAACUAUAAUACUUACACUCCAAACAGCACCUAUAAAGCCAACCUUGAUUCUCUUCUCUCCACUCUUUCCUCCCACACCGCCCGAGCCAACAAUGGUUUCUACCAGAUCACCGUCGGCAGCCGCGGUUCCGACGAGGCCGUGUACGGCUCGUUCCUGUGCCGAGGCGACGUGUCCAAGGACGGCUGCCGCAACUGCGUCGGACGUGCGGGCAAAACGAUAUUGGAGCUUUGCAACAAUGGAACCACGGCUAUGAUUUGGAAGAACUCCAUGUUGGGGAUUGUAGACCAGUCGAACUGGUUAACGGCGAAGAACGAGGAGAAUGAUACUCGGCCAAAUGCGUACAUGGAGACGGUGGGGAAAACGUUGGAUCAGAUUAUCACUCGAGCGUCUAGUGGCUCCGACAAGAAAUUUGCUGUGUUAGAAGCUAAUUUUAGUGCGUCGGAGAGGGUGUACGCUCUUGGACAGUGUACGCCGGACCUUUCUAACGUUGACUGUCAGAUAUGCUUCAGAAAUUUGAUUCCGAUGCUGCGUCAUUGCUGCUAUGGAGCCGUGGGUGGUAGAGCUGCGUUCCCAAGCUGUAACAUUAGGUAUGAGCGCUACCCUUUUUACGAUCUCGCCGCCGUGGCAGCAUCGGAACCGCCGCCUCCUCCUCCACCCAAGGCGUCUCCCACUUAUGAUGUGACUGGAAUUUCAACUGAGGAGUCCUUGCAAUAUGAUUUUGCUACUGUUAAAGCUAUUACAAAUGAUUUCUCCCAUGAAAAUAAAAUUGGUGAAGGUGGAUAUGGUCCUGUAUAUAAGGGAAUGCUUCCCAACAGUCAAGAAGUAGCUGUAAAAAGGCUUUCCAAAGAUUCAGGACAAGGAGCCCAAGAGUUCAAGAAUGAGGUUGAAGUAGUCGCCAAGCUUCAACACAGAAAUUUAGUAAGGCUACUGGGAUUUUGCUCCGAAGGAGAAGAAAAGAUACUUAUUUAUCAAUUUGUGCCAAACAAAAGUCUUGACUACUUUUUAUUUGAUCAUGAUAAACAAUAUCUAUUGGAGUGGUCAAGACGUUAUAAAGUUAUAAGAGGAAUAGCACGAGGUCUACUCUACCUUCAUGAAGAUUCUUGUCUUAGAAUCAUACAUCGAGAUCUCAAAACAAGCAAUAUACUAUUGGACGCAAAUAUGGAUCCAAAAAUAGCUGAUUUUGGUAUGGCAAGAAUUUUUGGUGUUGAUCAAACUCAAGAAAAGACAAAUAGAAUUGUUGGAACAUAUGGUUAUAUGUCACCAGAGUAUGCAAUGCACGGAAAGUUCUCUAUAAAAUCUGAUAUUUUCAGUUUUGGAGUCAUACUUUUAGAAAUUAUUACUGGAAAGAAAAAUCGUAACUUCUGCGAAUCAAUUAAAGCACAAGACCUUCUCAGCUAUGCUUGGGAACAAUGGAGGGAUGGUUGUCCAUUAAAAAUACUAGAUCCAACACUCGGAGAGUCUUAUACAAUAAAUGAAGUCAUCCAAUGUAUACACAUUGCUUUGUUAUGCGUUCAAGAAGAUGCAGAUGAAAGGCCUAUAAUGACAAAGGUAAUGUUGAUGCUCAGUAGUUAUUCUGCUGAUAAUUGGUCAAUACCUCGUGAACCUGCAUUUUAUCGUGGUGGAAGUGAGAAGAUACCAAGAGAGAUAGAUUUGGAUCAAUCUAUGACAGCAAAUGAACUGUCAAUUUCUGAACUAUGCAACUUCGAAAAUGGUUUCUACAACUUCACCGCCGGCGGUGGCGGCGACCCCGACACCCUCUACGGCAUGUUCAUGUGCCGGGGCGAUGUCUCAACCGGCGACUGCGCCACCUGCAUAUACCAAGCUUGCUCGGAUAUACUGCGGGUAUGCCCCCAACAAAAGACCGCCUUUAUCUGGUUCGAUCACUGUAUGCUGCGUUUCUCGGACGAGUAUAUAUUCCAGAAAUUGGACAAAUCAGUCCGGAUGAAUAUGAGUGCUACGGAGAAGGAUCCUCAACCGGGUUUCAUGCAACAGACGUUGAAGGAGAUGAUCCGUCAACAGAGCGGCAAGAGAUUUGUCACUCAUGAAUCACCUAUCACCUCUGAAUCUAAGAGAGUCUACAGUCUUGGGCAGUGCACGCCGGAUCUUUCUGAAUCGGAUUGCCAGACGUGCCUAAAAAAUGCAGUGCAACUACUGCACACAUGUUGCGAUUCAGCAUUGGGUGCUAGAGUGCUCUCCCCAAGCUGUUAUGUUAGGUAUGAGAUAUACCCUUUCUACACUAAUAAAACUACUGCCCCUGCGCCGCCUCCCACAUCGGGAAACAAUGGGAAUUCUUCUACAAAACUGAUUAUUGCCAUUGUAGUUCCGGUCGCUGGGGUUAUACUCUCUGUUGUCUUUUAUUUUCUGAGAAUUAGAGGUGUUAAGAAAGGGAAUACCACAAUACCCACGACAAUAGAUAUGACUGGAGUUUCGGCUGAGGAGUCCUCACAGUAUGAUUUUGCUAUUAUUCAAGCUAUUACAAAUGAUUUCUCCCAUAAAAGUAAAAUUGGUGAAGGUGGAUAUGGCUCUGUAUAUAAGGGAAUGUUUCCCAACAGACAAGAAGUAGCUAUAAAACGCCUUUCAAGAAGCUCAGUACAAGGAGUUCAAGAAUUUAAGAAUGAAGUCGAAGUAGUUGCAAAGCUUCAACACAAAAAUUUAGUUAGACUACUUGGAUUUUGCUCAGAAGAAGAAGAAAAGAUACUCAUCUAUGAAUUUGUGGCCAACAAAAGUCUUGACUACUUUUUAUUUGAUUGUGAGAAACAAUACCAAUUGGAGUGGUCAAUGCGUUACAACAUAAUAAGAGGAAUAGCACGAGGACUACUUUACCUUCAUGAAGAUUCACGUCUAAAAAUCAUACAUCGAGAUCUCAAAACAAGCAAUAUAUUAUUAGAUACAAAUAUGAACCCAAAAAUUGCUGAUUUUGGCUUGGCAAGAAUUUUUGGAGUUGAUCAGAUUCAAGAAAAUACAAACAGAAUUGCUGGGACAUAUGGUUACAUGUCCCCCGAAUAUACAAGGUGUGGAGAAUUUUCUGUAAAGUCUGAUAUUUUCAGUUUCGGUGUUAUACUCUUAGAGAUCAUUACUGGAAAGAAAAAUCACGAUUUUUGCAAAAGAAAUAGAUCAAGAGGAAUGGACCUUCUAAGCUAUGCUUGGGAACACUGGAGGGAUGGUUGUCAAAUCAAAAUACUUGAUCCAUCUCUCGGAGAGUCUUAUACAGUAAAUGAAGUCAUCCCAUGCAUCCAUAUUGGUUUGUUAUGUGUUCAAGACAAUGCAGAUGAAAGACCUACAAUGACAAAGGUGAUGUUAAUGCUUGAUAGUUAUUUUUCUAAAAGUUGGCCAACACCUUCUGAACCUGCAUUUUACCGUAGUGAAAGUAAGAGGAUUCCGAAAGAGAUAGAGUUAGCACUAUCUACGACGGUAAAUGAAGUAUCAAUUUCUGAACUCUGUCCAAGAUAA